AUGGAGGCAAACAAGCGUAGAUGUCGUCAGCAGGCGUUAGCCUUGUUUUAUACUUCGGAGGACCUGCUGAAUACAAAAUUAUGUCGUACUCGUACGGCUACGAAUACAAAAGAAAACAUUCCGCAGCAAACAAAAAAGUUAUCGGAACAGGUUAAAUUUGCUACUCCACAAAAACCGGUGAAAAAUAGAAAAAACUUAGUUUGGCCGACUGCCGUCUUUUCUGAUUCGAAAUUGAAGUCUGUUAAGAAUUGUUUCGAAGCAAGUGAACCAUGGUACAGAUAUGAAAAUGACGUCAUGGAAAAUAUGCAAGAAAAUGAAAAUGACGUAGUGAUGAAUUGCCCAGUAUCAGCUGAAAAGCAAUUGUUCACUGGUCCUGUAAAAUCAAAAAAAAGAGGUGUCAUUAACAAACGUCGCCUAUUCACUUCUGACCCAAAUGACUGGUUCAAACAUGAACAUCAUGAACAAGAUCUCAAUGGAUGCAUUUUCAAAAAUGAGGACACGCUUGAUUCAGAUGUCAGUUGUGAUGAAACGUUGAGAAUAAAUGGAAUGAAUGAACAUACCGCAGCCAGCAUGGAAGCAGAAAUUCUGGCCAACAAACAGCGCAUGGAGUCAGACAAUUGGUUUGAUUAUGAGGCCAACCUGAAAUGGCCAUUUCAUUUUCCAGUGACCAAUACCGGGUCACCUGAUGUUGUACUGAACAGACAGAAGAACCAAGGAACUGAAAUGAAAUUUCUGCUAACCUCACCAGACUUAAUCUGA